UUUAAAGGAAGAAAUGUCUUCUGUGAAAAAUCCAAAAAGGGUAAUACUUUCUGAACUCCACAGUUCUGCUGCAGAAGGAGAUGUUGCCAAGUUAGCAGCGAUACUCAGUCACUCUCCAUCUCUUCUCAAUGAACCUUCUGAAAAUGGCUGGACCGCCUUAAUGUAUGCUGCAAGGAACGGGCACCCCGAUGUUGUCCAGUUUCUGCUUGAGAAAGGAUGUGACAGAUCACUUGUCAAUACGUCAAGGCAAACUGCACUAGAUAUUGCUGUAUUUUGGGGUUAUAAGCAUGUAGCUAACUUGUUAGCUAAUGCAAAAGGCGGGAAGAAGCCGUGGUUCCUAACCAAUGAAGUAGACGAAUGUGACAAUUAUUUCAGCAGAACACUACUGGACCGGAAGAGUGACAAAAGAAAUGAUUCUGACUGGCUGAAAGCUAAAGAGAGCCACCCGGCCACAGUUUAUAUCCUUUUCUCAGACUUGAACCCCUUGGUUACUCUGGGUAGCAAUAAAGAAAGCUCGCAGCAGCCGGAAGUCAGGCUUUGCCAGCUGAACUACACAGACAUAAAGGGUUACUUGGCUCAGCCAGAAAUGGUCACGUUGGUGUUCCUUGGAGUAGAGCUUGAAAUGAGAAAGGGACCACGCAACCAUGCUGAAAGAGUCCCCGUGGAAGAGGACGAUGGUUUGGUCACUUGGUUUGCCCUCGCCAUAGAGCCUGUUGCCGCUGAAGACUUUAAGCAAAGACACGAAAAUUGUUAUUUUCUCCACCCUCCAAUGCCAGCUCUUCUGCAGUUGAAAGAAAAAGAGGCUGGAGUUGUCGCUCAAGCAAGAUCUGUUCUUGCGUGGCAUAGUCGAUACAAGUUCUGCCCAACCUGUGGCAGUGCGACUAAAAUUGAGGAAGGUGGCUAUAAAAGAGUUUGCUUAAGAGAAAACUGUCCUAGUCUCCAUGGCGUGCACAAUACAUCUUAUCCAAGAGUCGAUCCAGUAGUCAUCAUGCAGGUUAUCCACCCAGAUGGAACCAAAUGCCUUUUAGGCAGGCAAAAGAGAUUUCCCCCGGGCAUGUUUACAUGCCUUGCUGGAUUUAUUGAACCUGGCGAGACAAUAGAAGACGCUGUGCGGAGAGAAGUAGAAGAGGAAAGUGGAGUCAAAGUUGGCCAUGUUCAGUACAUCUCUUGUCAGCCAUGGCCAAUGCCCUCCUCCUUAAUGAUUGGUUGUUUAGCUGUGGCAGUGUCUACAGAAAUUAAAGUUGACAAGAAUGAAAUAGAGGAUGCCCGAUGGUUCACGAGAGAACAGGUUGUGGAUGUUCUUACCAAAGGGAAGCAGCAGGCGUUCUUCGUGCCACCGAGCCGAGCCAUCGCCCAUCAGUUAAUCAAGCACUGGGUUGGGAUGAACCCUAACCUCUAAAUGAGAAACAAUAACCCCGCUGGAGUUUUAUUUAAUUUUUAAUCCUACUUAUCUCUCAAGUGAGAUUAGAUAUAUUUAUUGAUCUUUAGAAUCAUAUAACAUAAAAAUUUGGGAGCUUUGAAAAUAUUUGUUAACUACGAAAUUAGUAGUUUUGUAAGUUAGAAUGAUGCCUCCGUUUUUUUUU